AUGAAUCUGAAACCUCCUGAUAUAUCGCUAGCAUUCGGCGAAUUAUCAAUAAAUGAGGGAAAAGAUGAAAUACGGGUCAAACAUACUCAAGGGAAAUCGAAAUCAGGCGUAAAUAGUCCUAUAAAAUCUAAUGAUAACUCUAAUGAUAAACAUAAUGGAGAACAAAAAGGAAAACAGAAAUAUAAACCAAAACCACAAUUUCCAAUUAUCAAAUCAAAAUACGAUUCUAUAGAGAACAGAACAACUAAACACGGUGAACUAAAAACAAAUGCAAGGCAAAACUUCAAGUCAUCUCUGCUAGAGAGAGGCGAAGACCAGAUACGUCCGGCUGAAAACAAGAAAUCAAUUUCUAAUCUUAAAAGUGGUAAAUUUUCUUCUUUGAACAAUAAUAGAUCAUUUGGAACACAGUAUGACAGUAGUAGAGUUGUAACUACGUUCAAGAGUAAUAUAUACGCAUCGCUAGGUAGUCAUAAAAAAGUAGCCAAUCCUGCAGCAGAAAAAAUUAAACCUCCAACCAAUAAGAAUACAUCUAGAGAGAAUAUUGAAGUUCAUGAUAGAUGGGCUAACUACUCGAAGACUAAAAAUUCAAGUUUUGUUGUAGCAAAUAGUAAAAAUAAAGAUUCAGAGAUUUUUGAUGUUAAGCAAGCUUAUGAUGAAGAAAGUGCAGGCAACUCAUUAUUGAUCAAUCUUGCCCACAAAGGCGAACAAGAUUUUGAAGAAGAGGAGGUGAAACCCGAAGAUUGUGUAGUGGAUGGAUUGACCGUACCAUUAUUACCUCAUCAAGUAUCGGGUUUGAGGUUCUUGAAAAGACGUGAGGCGAUGAAAGGAAGCUCUUUAGGUGGAUUAUUAUGCGAUGAUAUGGGUUUGGGUAAAACAAUUCAAAUUAUUGCGAUGAUACUAGAGAAUAAAGGUAGCACCGAAAAUAAGACUAAUCUAAUUGUAUGUCCCGUGUCUCUUACUACUCAGUGGAAAUCUGAAAUCGAAUCCAAAGCUUCAGGACUAAGUGUGUUAAUAUUCCAUGGUCCAGAUAGGCCCAAGACGUAUGAAGAAUUAGCUGAGUAUGAUAUAGUGAUAACAACUUAUGCCACAGUAAGUUCUGAAUUUCACAAGAAUGGGUCGCCAUCGGCUUUAUAUUCUCCAGAAUUUAAGUGGUGGAGAGUUAUAUUAGAUGAAGCUCAUCAAAUAAAGAACAAGAACUCCAAGCAGGCAAAGGCAGUGUUCAGUUUAGUCGCAGAUCGUCGUUGGUGCUUGACAGGUACACCAUUGCAAAAUAACCUUAGUGAAUUACAAUCAUUGUUUAAAUUUAUUCGAGUCAGCAAAUAUGCAGACGAUCAGAUAUGGUUGGAUACAAUUCAACAAUAUAUCCAGGAAAGAGAUAUAUACGCUGCAUUAUUUGAAUUAAGAGACGAGCUAAGUAAAUUGAUGCUAAGAAGAACAAAAGCUAUUUUGAGUAGCAGUCAUAAUACCUUCAAAUUACCACCAAAGAAUAUUCAUCGAGUCACGGUUGAGUUUUCGGAAUUUGAGAGAUCUAUAUAUGAUAACGUUAAAGAUAUCAUCUUAUCAAAUUUGAAUAACCGACCUGCGAUCAAAAAAAAAAUGGAAGUUGUUAGAAAUAAUUCUCCCACGCUUCGAUUGAAGAAGCAAAUAUCUCAAACCAAGAAUGAAAAUAUCAAUUAUAUGAGUGCGUUGGUAUAUUUAUUGCGAUUAAGGCAGUUAUGUUGUAGCUGGAAUUUGCUAUUUGAAGACGACGCAAACAGCUUGGAGUUUGAGGGGAAAUUGACUACCUCGAAUGAUAAAGAUACAUCUUUAGAGGGCUUAAUAGAUUCAAUGGGCGGAUUGUCGGUGGGAUCAAGUAAUUGUGAGGUUUGUAUGAAACGACUUAAUGCAGAUAAUGAAUCCAAUGACGAUAAAAGGUUUUGUAAAACUUGCAGCGAAAGUGUUAAAGUACCGAAACAUCACGAAGAUGAUUAUUAUGUGUCUUCAAAAAUAAAGCAGGUUUUGGAGAUUUUAUCGACAAGUCGUGAUAGAAAAACCAUCAUAUUUUCUCAAUUUCCAUCCCUAUUCAAAAUAUUAAGUGAUACUCUUAGUUCGAGAGGGUAUAAGAUAUUAACAUAUGAUGGAUCAAUGGAUAUUAAAACUAGGAAUUUUGCUUUGAAUUCUUUGAAAAAUGAUUCAGAUACGAAUGUUUUACUCUGUUCUUUGAAAUGUGGAUCAGUUGGAUUGAAUCUCACAUGUGCAUCACAGGUAAUUCUAUUUGAUCCUUGGUGGAACCCUCAAAUUCAAGAACAAGCAAUAGAUAGAGUUUAUAGAAUCGGUCAAACGAAGCCGGUUGAUAUCUAUGAAAUUACUGUUAAAAAUACAGUUGAAGAUAACAUCUUGAAGUUACAGGAAACAAAAAGGCAGCUAGCGAAUGCCGUAACUUCAAGUGAUUCCAAAAUUAGCGCAAAGAAUAUUAGUAACAACUUAUCGAAAAAAGAACUUCUACAGUUGUUUGGUAUUGAAGAACCCAAUAACUUAUCGUGA